UAUCUAGAUCUGGAACGUUCACCUCAACGGUUACACGCAACAGACGAAAGGCUCUUAGUCCUCCACGUCUUACGUCGUAUCACAUCACUCUAAACACAGACCUGCAUCUCGAAUCCUCGAUCCAUACUUAUCAAGAGCAAGCGCAAUAUCCUUUAACUGCGAGAAAAUAUCGAGAACUCUCUCUCUCUCUCCCUCUCUCUCUGACUGUACACUGCGAAUUGCAAGCAAUGGCAAAGAAAGAGAUGGAAGUGGUGAAGGGUCUGGACCUAAAUAGGUACAUGGGGCGGUGGUAUGAGAUAGCCUCGUUCCCGUCAAGGUUCCAGCCCAAGAAUGGUGAGAACACAAGGGCUACGUACACUUUGAAAGAUGAUGGAACUGUGAAUGUGCUCAAUGAGACCUGGUCUGAUGGGAAAAGGGGAUACAUAGAAGGAACUGCAUACAAGGCUGACACCAACAGUGAUGAGGCUAAGCUCAAAGUGAAGUUCUAUGUGCCUCCAUUCCUGCCCAUCAUCCCUGUGGUCGGAGACUACUGGGUCUUGUACCUUGAUGAUGAUUAUGGAUAUGCCUUGAUUGGCCAGCCUAGCAGGAAGUAUCUUUGGAUAUUAUGCAGGCAAACCCAUAUGGAUGAAGAGAUAUAUAAUCAGCUAGUUCAAAGGGCCAGAGAUGAGGGCUAUGAUGUGAGCAAACUCCACAAGACGCCACAGAGUGAUCCUCCCCCAGAGGGAGAAGGCCCUAGUGACACCAAAGGCAUCUGGUGGUUUAAAUCCAUUUUGGGAAAAUAGCUGAAUGGUAAUGGUAUAUUGGGGUUUCACCGUUCUAUGUAUUUAUUAAGUAAAAGACCAAAAAUCCAAAGAGCAGCAUCCAGAUUUAGGGCUAUUGUGUUUAUUUGCUUAUUUUGUAGUGUUUGUACAGCAGGAAAGUGUGUGAAGACAGUUUUAAUGCCUAGAUUAUGAAGUUGGGGACUAUUCCUUGUAAAAUAUCAUCUGGGUCUUAUUCAAUUUGAAUUGUUGUGAGAGUUUGAUGUA